GGGGAAACUAAACGCAUCGUAUUGAAUAUGAGACAGUACUAAGUACGUAGUACAUCGCCGGGCGCAGGCUAGGGUACCUGCCGUGGCAAGUAGCGCGCGGCUCUUAAGUACAAUAUGCGCAAAUGGUAGAGUGGCGUGAGUGGCUGAGAUCGACUCCCGCCGGCCCGUGGUACAGUGUCUGACCUCGCGACCAUUGGACCACGACGCUCACCUCGACCUUGCCUCGACUAUUUACAUCACGUCGUUGUACUGACCCUGCCACCAUCUCUGGUCACCAGGGCCUAUCAUGGAGGCAAGUGGUAACCAUACAAGUCCGGCCCUGCCGGUUCCCCAAACUCGCAAAGCAAUUGAGGACGAGAUCGCUCGCUACCUGAAUCAUGUCUUCGACCUCAGAUCGCGCCUGAACACCUUCGCACCCAUAUCCGUACUCCCUCCGGAGGUGCUCUCCGAAGUCUUCAUGCGUAUGGCGGGCCCCUCUAGUUAUAGCCUGCCGCCGCCGUGGUCCAACAGCCCCUAUGGUUGGAUUUGCAUCUCCCACGUCUGCAGGCACUGGCGCAACGUGGCGCUAGGCUGCCCUGCCCUCUGGGGAAAAUUGGCGGUGACGACGCAGCACGAGUGGACGAAGGAGCUACUGGAGCGAUCCAAGAAGGCACCCCUGUAUGUCACCGUAGACUUUCGGACCCCGCACGCCAGGGCGUUGGUACGCGCGGGAGGAGUAUCACCGAAGGAGAAGGCGCUAGCGCUGGUGCUCUCGCAUAUGUCCCGCGUACACUCGUUGUCUAUCACGAUCAAGCGUUCGUUCCCAGAGAAGAUCUUACAACUGCUGGACGGGCCCGCCCCUUGUCUCGAAUCAUUGACUGUCCGGUGCGAGGAUGUCAUGCACUAUCCCGGCGAGCAUGACCAUAUACACCAUCUGUUGCAUCAACCCGAGACUGUUCGUCUCCGACAUCUGGAGCUACACUCCGUCUAUUCGCACUGGCACAAGACUUCGCUGCCGCACCUGACACACUUGACCAUCUCCAACAAACCCCAUCACGACGCAAUACAUGUCGCCCCCGAAACUAUGCUUGCUGCCAUCGCGCAGAUGCAUCACCUCAAAGAGCUCGUGAUUGAGUCAGCAUUGACCGCACCUGCCGACUAUAAUCAAGUCCCGAUGGCGUCAACUCAAGCCUCCUUGCCUAAUCUGUGGUCCCUGCGCCUCUCGGACACUACGCCCAACACCAUCUGCCUCCUGAAUCACUUGACCACCCCGACCCUCUCGCGCAUCUUCGUGGAAGUAGACUCAAAUUUCCAAGGCAAUUGCGGGGUGAUCUCCUCGCUGCCAUAGCUGCCAAGACGUCUAGCUUGGGGACCCUGCUCAGCUUUGUUGUCACCCUCACCCACACCGCGCUGAAUUUGCAGGCAUUCAGAAGGGGCUUCGGAUGCGAAGCGACGAAAAACGGUGCGGGCCGGCCGAACGAGCACACUCCCGAACUGGAGGUGCG